AUCCUAAGGCGCACACACAUACACUUCGGAACGCUGGAAGCUCCGUUUGGAAAGGUGGUGAUUAACCCCUUCCCCAUCGGUCCGCCUCCUCCGUCUCUCCGUCUGGUUCUUCUACCUGCACUCGUCUGGACUCGUUCCAUGAGUAAAGACACAGAAGGACAGGAAGAUGAGAGAGAAGGAAGGAGAGUAAGACCAAGACGGUGAAAAUCUUUCUCUGUGGAAUACGAUGAAAAUCCAGGCAGUAUUUGGCCACCUGUAAAACACAGGUUUGGAUAUUGAUUGGACAACUGGAAUACAAAUGGACAAAUGGAAUACCAAGUGAGUGACUGAUGAACUGACUAAAUUGGAUUCUCUCGAGUUUAACCAGCAUUUCUACACUAUGUCUAAACCUUCACGACUUGCUCGCCCAUCCUCGGCGGGUCCUGGCUCCAAACUCCCCUCGCCUCGUCGGGAUACACCUGCCAGCCGACCCAGAAUGCAUAGCAUGGGGGAGAAAGUGAUACGGACAGAAAGUGAGGGCAAUAUACCUGGCCAGAACCCUCCUGUCAAUGGAACAACACAUUCGCAGAUCCCGCAAAACACCAAUAUGAAGGAAGAGGAUGAGAUGAGCCAGCCAAGGAGCAAAAUCUGUCCACCUAAAGGGUUCACAGCAACCAUAACCCAGCAACAAGUCACACAUCCCAAACCUCUAAAGGGGAAUCUAAAAGUGACUUCCAGUGAAGACGCUGAGCAGCUGUCCCGUAAACGGCAGGUUGUCUCCACUAACAGCCCUGGUAACCGCUGUGAGGCCAAAUCUAGCCGCACUGGGGUUCUACGAAGACACACAGUGGGGGGAGCGCGCAGCUCACAGGAGAUCCUGGCCAUGCAGCCAUCCGAUAUGGAUAAAAAACGAGAGGCCUUUUUGGAACAUCUGAAGCAAAAAUAUCCACACCACGCCUCCGCCAUCAUGGGCCACCAGGAGAGACUCCGAGAACAGUUAUUUCAGGGGAUGUUGUCCGCUCUGCACUCCGAGAUAGAUAUUCAAAGAUAUCUGCUGAAAAUCCAGAAUGUUGGUUCACGCAGAAGCUCUAAGCAGAGUUUGGCGUGUCCGAGUCCAGUACCUGUGUUUGUGGAUCAGCUGGAGCACGGCUCACUGGUCUCUCUAGAUGCUCUGGAGGUCAUGUCUGAGUGCGACAUGCCCAUCGCCUUCACCCGAGGCUCCCGGUCUCGAGCAAGUCUGCCCGUGGUCCGCUCUACUAACCAGACCAAGGAUCGCUCAUUAGGAGUGUUGUAUCUGCAGUAUGGAGAUGAUACAAAGCAGAUACGCAUGCCUAAUGAGAUAACAAGUGUGGAUACAAUCAGAGCUCUGUUCGUUAGUGCCUUCCCUCAUCAGCUUAACAUGAAGAUGCUGGAGUCACCCAGCACCGCCAUUUAUGUGAAAGACGAGACCAGGAACAUGUACUAUGAACUCACUGAUGUCAGGAGCAUCACAGAUCACUCCUGCCUGAAAGUGUACCACAAAGAUCCAUCGCACACCUUCAGUCAUGGAGCUCGGCCAAUCAAUGGAGACACAAGGGUCCACAGGGAGAUGAUGUAUGCUGGACCGAGUGGUCAUCCUCUCCGGCAGCCCCCAAUGGGUCCCCCUCCACCCCAUAUGCAGAGUUCCAUGUCCCCUACCACACCUCAUGCUAUGCCCUCCUCCCCAUCUCGUAUCCCCUUCGGCCAACGCACCUCAGGCAGUGGGGUUGCCACAAUGCCACGUGAGAGAGCGGCACACACUCUCCCCGCCACCACCCCUGUUUGCCCAUCCUCCCCCUGCAUGAGUGCCAUCCUUGAGCGGCGUGAUGUCAAGCCUGACGAGGACGUAGCUGCAAAGAGCAUGUCAUUUCCCGCCCGAGCUGAAAGUCAUUAUGCUGACCCUUAUAUGUUACAUCACCAUGCCCCGCCCCCUGAUACAGUAGACUACGCUUACCACCGUGCCACAAUGCGCUCUUACAGUAACCCCGGCGUUCCCAUGGAGCCCACAGACCAUCCUUCGCUCUUCCGACAGAAAAGCAGGAAGAACACGGAUAGCCAGUUACCCAUGUUAGGCUCCAAAACCCCACCCCAUUCCCCACAACGGAUGGGCGAGGUGCGAAUGAUGGACAUUCACACAGUCCAACCACAGAGUUCCAUGACUCUGGAGAGGGCAUCUCCUAUCAGACAAUCAUUUAGGAAGGAGACUCCUCUUUCUAUGGAUACCAUGGUAAAGGCAAGGGGAGGCAUGGGAUCUCCUGCCACCCCUGAUCUUCAGGUUCACAAUCCUCUUGCCCCAUCGACAGACCCUCAGACACGAGAGAGAAUGAAGGCCAUGGAGGAGCAAAUAGCCAGUCUGACUGGUCUUGUGCAGCAUGCUCUCUUAAAGAGCCACAGCACUAACAGCAACAAGGAACACCCCAGUGAGAAAUCAGUAAAUUCCGGAUCUCCAGUUCACAGCACAUCUAGCACAGGAGGUUCUCCAGUAUUAGCACCAAAAGUUACUGCAGCAACUCUUGAGCAUAGCCCCGCCCCUACACCACCACUAGGCCCCACCCCCUUGCAUGUUAACCUUCACCUGUUCAGGAAAAAUGUCUCUGAGCUCCGCCUCCAACUGCAACAUAUGAGACAACUACAGCUUCAUAAUCAGGAGUGUGUGCGUGCUCAGAUAAAGCAUGCAGAGCAAGAGAUCAGUGUGAAGUUGGCUGAAAUGCUGAGACGACAGGACGAUCCAACACAGAAACAGAGGACACUGGUGGAGGAAGAGAGACACCGAUAUCUCAACACGCAGGAAAGAGUUCUCACCCAGCUGGAGGAUCUGGAGCAGUAUGUGGAGACACUGAGGACUGAUUCUAGCCCCGCUGCAUCUCAGAGAGCCGUGACUCUGAAGGAGGUAGAGGAGGGAGCUGUCAGUCUGAGGAAGGUGGGCGAGAACCUGGCUGGACUGAAAGGAGAGUUUCCAGCUCUUCAGUCCCGUAUGCGGGCGGUGCUCAGGGUGGAGGUGGAGGCCGUGAAGUUCCUCAAAGAAGAGCCGCACAAGCUGGACAGCAUGCUGAAGAGAGUCCGGACCCUCACAGACACACUCAGCAACCUUCGCAGGUCUACCACAGAUAGCCUGCUGAAACCCUCUGACCCUGUUUCCUCGUCAUCUUCCCAAAAAAAAGAAUUGGCCAUUGUUGAAUCCCCAGAGGCUGCCUCGGUUGCACCUCAGAGCUCCACCGUGAGGUCAGAGGUUAUGACAUCAAAUCCUGUGGUGAUCCACCAUGCCCAGACCUCUCCUGUAGCUACACAACAAUCCCAGCAAUCAACAGCACCUUCACAAAUUCCCCCUGCAGCACAGAGACGAGAGUCGACCCCUUCACCCACCAAACAGCUCAAAAAACCCUCACUUGAGCAGACACAAAUACCAAAUAACAGCCGCAGUGGAGUCUCAGCUAAUGGCAUUAAUGGCAAAGGUCCUUCUCCAAACUUCAUUGAGGAGAUACACUCAAGUCGCAGCAAGAACAUGAACAGGGCUGUGUCAAUAGAGGCUGCAGAGAAAGAAUGGGAGGAGAAGAGGCAGAACAUGGGUCAUUAUGAUGGUCAUGAGUUUGAACGGAUGCUCCAGGAAGCAGAAGCCAACAUGCUGAGAGGAAUACCAAACCUGGAGGCUCCCAGCGAACCCGAGGGCUCCCCUGCAGUGGUUCUUGCAUCCCUGGAGGAGGUGGUAGAAACAAAUGAGCCCACAGCAGCACCAGCAAAACAGGAUGACAAUCAUCCAAACUCUGAGAAACCUACUAAGGCUGCUUCAGAGAAACCUCCCAAACCUCUGGAGAAACCAGUUAAGUCAGCUUUGGAGAGACCUCUUAAGCCCAACCUAUCCAUCAAAUCAAGCCUGGAGAGACAAAGUAAGACUCAGGAAAAAGUUGUUAAGCUUCCAACCACAGACAAAGCCAACAAGUCCCCUCCUCCACCCCCACCUCGACGAAACUACACCACCAACACUGGGAUGACCACCACCCGAUCUGGAGAGGUUAUUUAUACCAGCAGGAAGGACUCUGUUAUGGUACAAGAGGGUGAAGAGGAGUCCAACGGGUCAGCGUCUCAGCCUGAACCAAAGUCCUCUCCAGUGGCGAAGCCCAAACCCAUUACUCCUCCACCUUUCGCUGCCUCGGCUAUCACUGAGGAAGAGGAUGAGGGAGACAAGAUAAUGUCAGAGCUACAGGUUUUCCAGAAGUGCUCUGUUAAGGAGGUAGGGAUCAAGGGUUUGGUAGAGCCACAGAUCAGAGAGCUAAGACCUGGGGUCUUACUGCCCCUUAAAGAUAAGAAGAAUACUGAAAAUCAAGAUGACAAGAAUCCUGACACAGAUGAGAACUGCAACAAUACAAUUCGUCAGAGUCCUGGGGUCAUCUACUAUGUCACAGCUCAGAUCUCCAAGGGGACUUCAUCAGCCUCAGAGGAAUCAACAGAUGCAUCACAUUCUCCCCCAUCACAGGUGUCACAUGUCAAUGCUUCUGACCAAUCCCAAAAUCAGCUGCAGGUAUCCACUAACAAAUUUGGUACCCUCAAAAGCAGCGGCCCUGCCAGCUCUUCUAGCACUCUACACCAAAAUCAGUUGUCUCUUUCAGCCUCGUUGAAGACAGAUCCACCCUCUUCAUUGGAAGAAGUUCCAGCUAGCCCAACCCAAGGGAAAGUUCAUGUUGUCAAGGCUGCUCAAGUGCAGGUUAGCAUAGAGGAGAGGGUAGAGUCUCCAACAGCAAUUUGCUCACCAGUCUCUUUUGAAGACACUGUACCGAUUCUUUCUAAAGGAAUCCCUGUUGGGACAGAUUUAGCAAAACAGACACAUAUAUUUGGUUCAUCCAAGGUGAAGGAAAGGAAAUUUGAAGAAAUGGAGGAAAUUGAUGAGGCCUAUCUCAGUCCUGAUCUGUCAGGCGAAGAGCCACCUCCGCCUCCUCCUGAUAACUUUGCCUUUAUGAUCACUAACACCAAGGUACAAGCCCUUUCCACUGGAGAGUACCAUCAGCUAGUCAAUGCCAAGAAAGGUAGUGUGCAGACAGUAACUUUUGGCAGCAAACGACCAAGUGCUUCUGGAAGUGGCAUAGCAUCAGGAGGUGAUGCUAGUACCAGUGGUUCCACUGGUGCUGAAAAUGCCAGUAAAAAGCCAGUCAUCAUUAUCUUUGAUGAGCCAAUGGAUAUCCGCUCAGCUUAUAAACGCCUCUCUACUAUCUUUGAAUGUGAGGAGGAACUAGAGCGGAUGCUUGCAGCAGAAAGAAUAGAUGAGGAGAGUGAGGAAACUGAGGAAGAAGAAUGGACUAGGUGUGUGCAUGUCAAACAGAAAGGAGAUGGUAGGGAUUUAGGAAAAGGUACUGGUUCAAAUUCUCCUGCAGAUAUCACAGACAGUCGAGUCAUUAACUCUUCUUCAUCCUCAUCUUUAUCUGAGGGAGAGGCAUUAGUAGAUGUUACUGGUGGUGCAAAGCAAGAUGGAAAGAAGAAGUUUAAGUUGAAAUUCCCCAAGAAACAGCUAGCAGCAUUAACCCAAGCCAUUCGGGCUGGAAGUAAAACAGGCAAAAAGACUUUGCAGGUUGUUGUCUAUGAGGAUGAGGAAGAGACAGAUGGAACUGUCAGACAACACAAAGAAACCAAGAGGUUUGAAAUUGCUUGCUCCAAAACAGAGUCUUCAAAAUCAAAUCUCCAGGAACCUACUGGACAAACUGACGAGAUUCGUAAGAACACCUACAAAACUCUUAACAGUCUAGAGCAAACUAUAAAGCAGCUAGAGAACACAAUAUCCGAAAUGGGACCAAAGUCUUCAGAAGAGCCUGAAAUCUUGGUGAAGCCUGAAACUCAGGACAAUACGACUGAAGAGACUCCAGUACACUCGGAGAAAGGACUUGCUCCCAAAACCUUGGUCCCUAGGUCAAGUUCUGCAAGCAAAGGUCCUGGUCUACGAAAGAAGACAAAACCACAGCUCCUUCCACGGCCUCCCAUCAUUCCAACUACUGGGGUCUCAGUCAAACCAGUUCCUACCCAGCAGAAUGCCAGCAUGGUCUCACCUACUAGCCGGAUGCCAGUGCCUGUUUCUGCCAAGGUGCGGCAGCAACCGGGCACCUCAGAGAAAGAGAGGGCAACAAAACCGCAAAAGCUACAGGACUCUCAGAGGCAGUUCCGCCAGGCUGCUUCUCUGUUUAACCCAUUUUUGGACCCUUUCCCUGUUUACCUCUCGGAGGAAUCCACAAACCCUUGCCUCACUGCCCAGGGUCCACAAAUCCACUAAGUCCCCAUUAUCCUGUGGAUGUUUUCUCAAAUUGUACCUGCUCUACUCCUCCUGGAGCCUCCUUUGGUUUUGAGUACUGGUUGGUUGCACUCACUCACUGCGCAAUACUCACUAUAUAACUUACAAUCCUAUUGUCCCUCACCUUCACUCUCCUUUCCUUCUUACAAUCUACUUAAAUUUAUAUUUUCUAUAUUUUCACCCUCAAGACAGAUAGUUUUUAGUGUGUGUCUUUAGUACUCAUUUAUAUAUGUAGUUUCUGUCUUUGAUAAUCUGUCAUGAUGAACUGCAGAUCCCAGUUAGGUAGAAUGAUUUAAAACAUGCCUAGAAAUGUUGCAUAUUUUAAUCAUAAAUUCCCUAUGUUGACAAUCAGUGUGUUUUGGCAUCUUUGUUUGCAGGCUAAUGGAAGUGCUAAGAGAUCUGGAGGAGAUCCCAAAUCCACUUCUCCUACAGUGCCUGCUUCUAAAAUUCCUGCUUUUUCCUCUAGUAUGGGAAAAGGCUUGUCCCAGUCUGAUUCUAGUAAUAUUGUUAAUUAUUC